AACAAUUUUUGGACUUUUAUUAGUCCCUUUUUGCCGGAUAACAUCAUUGCCCUGUAACGAGCAAUGUUUACUUCGGCGAACAAUGACUUGCCGUUUUCGAUACUUCUUAUUAAUAAUCAGUAUUUAUGUCCCCGAACUAGAAAUUAAUGCCGGACCUGUUCUAAGAUUUUUAUAUUGGUCUAGUGCGUUUAAAAUAAAGAUGGGUUGCAUCACGGGCAUGAUUACCAAGACGUUCUUGGUUGCCUUCAACAUCUUGGUGGCGAUUGCUGGGGUGAUUGUGCUGACUCUGGCGUCCGUCAUUCAGACCACACUGAACGGCUACGGCCACGACAUCCCACAAGAACCUCUGGACGUCCUCAUUGGCCUGCAGUCCGCCUCCACCUUCAUCAUUUGUUUGAGCGCCCUUGGGGUGGUCGUCUCUUGCUGUUGCGGCAACAAGCUCUUCCUCUACACUUACUUCGUGCUCGGCCUGGCCCUGGUGGGCAUCACGCUGGUGUUCGCUGGCAUGGGCGCCGCCAACAUCAACAACGAGAAAUACGCCGACGACAUCAAGGUCAAAAUGGACAAUGAUGUUCAAAACUACAAUCUCGACAGCCCCGGGGAAUUCGAAAACCAAGUCGAUAUAAUCUACAAAAAUAACCAGUGUUGUGGAUCUAUGAACUGCUACGACUACCCAGACGGCAAACGCCCAGCAGGAUGCUGCAGGGAGUUCACAGGAACAACGUGCACAUCUAAGAACACAAACGAUCUCUAUAUCACAGGCUGCUAUGAGAAGCUCCUGGCAGACGUCGCUGACAAGGCGGUAGCCACGAUACACUUCUCCAUCUUUUUCGGGGUGUUGGUGUUCGCGCUGCUGACCUCGACGUGUCUGUGCGUCAAGUGUACUGACGCUAUGCCUAUCUGAGGGCGGCGCGCAGCCUGGCAACUAUUCGGGGGCAGGACGCAAGUAGAAACACGAUGAUGGUCACCGGCCCUCGAUCGACGCCUGGAAAAUAAACAUAGCUUUAUAAGAUGUCUAUCAAUAGGAAAAUUAACGAACAUGAAUAUUGUAGCACUCAAAUUCUCAUCUGACCUCCAAGUUGUCUGCAUACGGCGCCGAAUCUCGAUCAGAGCGAUAAGUACCAGCUGUCUGCGAAACGAAAUGGGAGGCAAUUGUUUUUAUUUAUGUACAUUAGACGACUUUAUGCCACCUAAAUUGUGGGGCUUCGUGUAGAAGUUAAUAGGUUUUCCUACUACUUUUAAGAUGGAAAUUAGGGUGCCCUUAGCCUAUAGGUGUUGUUAGUAGUUUCGUAAGUUAGGCGCUAAUUUAGUGUUUUAUAUUAUGUAAAAUUCAGGAAAUAUUUAAAUUGAUGUGCUUAAAGAUAGUUUCAUAGCUUUAUUAAAAAUUCA